AUGAAUAGAACUAAAAGUAAUAACUCAAAAACUGAGUGUAACAACGAGAGUGAAAUGAGUGCAAACGUGUACAAACUUAUUACCAAUGAGGAUAAACCACCAGAUAUAAAAUAUGAUAAAGAAAACUCGUGGAUCGCUGCAGUGCAAAUGUUUGUGUCUUUCCUUCUUGCUGGGUUUGGUAUGGUUGCAGCAAGCCUUCUCUUGGAUGUGGUUCAACACUGGGAAGUAUUUCAAAAGAUACCAGGUGUCUAUAUACUUGUACCAGCUCUCUUGGGACUUAAAGGAAAUUUAGAAAUGACUUUAGCAUCAAGAAUGUCAACACAUGCUAACAUGGGCCACUUAGGUGCCUGUUUGAAGCAGUUAGUUGUGGGUAACCUGUGCCUUAUACAGUGUCAAGCAGUGCUCGUUGGAUUCUUAGCAGCCAUGGCUGCAGUAGCAAUGGGAUGGAUACCUCAAGGCUUAUUUGAUAUUCACCAGGCUAUGCUGCUUUGCGCAUCAAGUGUACUUACUGCAUCAUUUGCAAGUUUUGUGCUUGGACUCAUUAUGAUUGGUGUUAUUGUAGUCUCCAAAAAAUUAAAUAUAAACCCAGAUAAUGUAGCCACACCAAUUGCUGCUAGUUUGGGUGAUUUAACAACAUUGGCACUGCUAUCAUGGAUUUCUUCAAUGUUAUAUAGAUCACUUGGCACAAGUCUUAUAUUGCCAUCUAUUAUUAUCAUUAUUGGGGCAAUUUUGGUCCCUGCUUGUGGAUAUGUUGCGUCUCAAAAUAAGUUUACCACUCAAGCGUUAGAUGAAGGAUGGGUUCCCGUUGUAUCAGGAAUGGUUAUAAGUAGCACUGGAGGUUUAAUAUUGGGUUAUACGGUGUCAAAUUAUCAAGGUGUUGCUGUGUUUCAAUUAGUAAUUAAUGGUAUAGGUGGAAAUAUGGCUGCUGUACAUGCUUCCAGACUAUCUACAUUAUUUCACACUGGACAAAAGGAAAAAUACGUUAUAAGUAACACAACUAAAUUGUUGAUGUUGAUGGUGGUGCCUGGCCAACUUGUUUUUGUUUACACAAUUGCUUAUCUCAAAGCAGGUCAUACUUCUGUAACACCUAUAUUUAUUUUAAUUUAUGUGUGUGCAGCACUAUUGCAAGUAUUUAUUUUGUUGAUAAUUAGCCAUUAUUUGGUUCUGUGGAUGUGGAAAUUAGGGUUAGACCCAGAUAAUUCAGCAAUACCCUAUUUAACUGCUCUAGGUGAUUUACUUGGUACAGCAUUGCUUGGUGUAGCAUUUUAUAUUCUGUUUGCCAUAGGGGAUCAAGACAGUGAUCUAGGUGAUUGA